AUGUUAGUCAGUGUUGUUUCAGCAGUUAUUGAAAAUAAAACAACUUCAACAGAGUCGGUGGCAUGUGAUUUGAAGGAAGGUCGAUGGGAAAAGAAUGGAAAGUUUUCUUUGCAAAAUAUUCUCUUCCAUGCUCAUCCUGGUGAUCUCAUUUGCAUCAUUGGACCAGUCGGAUCUGGCAAAAGCUCUUUAUUGCAAACAUUAACAGGUGAAAUCACAUACUUCGAUGGUACAGUUCGACUGAAUGGCUCAUUUUGUUACGUACCGCAAGAAUCUUUGAACUCGUGA